GAGAGAGAGCGAGAGAGAGAGAGAAAGAGAGAAAGAGAGAGAGAGAGAGAAAGAGAGAGAUAGAGAGAGACAGAGAGAGAGAGAGCGAGAGAGAGGGGGGAACGCUACACCCUCCCAGCAGCUGUCUCUGAUCCAACAUCUGUGUACGUUGCUUUUUCUUCUCCUUCUCCUGUUCUCUCCAUCCAUCCUUUUGACUCGCUCCUCAAGCCAAUUAGAUCAUGAACAUGCUGUGUGCUUGUUGCUAAGGGGGGGAAGAGAACCAAGAAGAGUGGACCAGCCGAUACUUUGUUGCUAAGCCUCCAGUGACAGAAGAAGAAAGAGUGCAAGAGAACAACGGAGAGGGACUGAAAGAGAGAGAGAGAGAGAGAGAGAGAGAGAGAGCAAAGGAUAAAGAGAACAAGAGAAGACAUCAGUCAGCUACAGUAUGAACCAGUCCAGCCAGGACCCGAGUGGAGUGGGGACAGCAGACCCCGAUGAGGAAUCUCCCAACAUGAUCGUCUACAGAAAGAUUGAGGAGAUAGUGACCAGUAUCCAGGAUGAGACUGAGGGCGUUCCCAUCAGAACUGUCAAGAGCUUCCUGACCAAGAUACCCAGCGUCGUCACAGGUGCGGACAUAGUACAGUGGCUGAUGAAGAACCUAGCCAUUGAGGAUCCUGCUGAGGCGAUGCACAUCGGGAGUCUGAUUGCUGCUCAGGGAUAUUUCUUCCCCAUCUCUGAUCACGUCCUGUCACUCAAAGAUGAUGGAUCCUUCUAUCGCUUCCAGGCUCCAUAUUUCUGGCCUUCUAACUGCUGGGAACCAGAGAACACAGAUUAUGCUAUCUAUCUGUGCAAGAGGACCAUGCAGAACAAGACUCGUUUGGAGCUGGCUGAUUAUGAGGCGGAGAACCUAGCCAGACUACAGAGAGCCUUCACUAGGAAGUGGGAGUUUAUCUUCAUGCAGGCCGAGGCUCAAGUCAAGAUCGACAGGAAAAAGGAUAGAAUUGAGAGGAAGAUUCUAGAUAGUCAAGAAAGAGCUUUCUGGGAUGUCCAUAGACCUGUGCCAGGUUGUGUGAACACCACAGAGUUGGACAUCAGGAAAUGCAGACGCAUGAGGAACCCACAGAGAGUCAAGAAGUCAGUGUAUGGUCUGAUAGACGAGGGUCAGUCUCAGAGCCCUGUACACACACCAUCACAAAUAGCCAGAAAAGGCACCAAAGCGGACGUGGAGAAAGAGAUUGUGUUUCUGAACAGCCAGUUGGACCGACACUGUAUAAAGGUUUCUAAAGUCGCUGAGAGUCUAAUGAGUUACACAGAGCAGUACCAGGAGUAUGACCCGUUUGUGAUGUCACCAGAACCUUCCAACCCCUGGACCAGUGACGACCUCUCAUUCUGGGACCUGGAAGCCAGUAAGGACCCCAGUCAACAGAGGGUGAGGAAGUGGGGUUUCUCUCUAGAUGAAGCUCUGAAGGAUCCGGCAGGACGAGACCAGUUCCUCAAGUUCCUGGAAUCAGAGUUCAGCUCAGAGAACCUACAGUUCUGGUUGGCGGUGCAGGAUCUGAAGAGGCAGCCCCUGGAGAACGUGGCAGAGCGGGCUCAGGAGAUCUGGACAGAGUUUCUGGCAGAAGGCGCUUCCAGCUCCAUCAACCUGGACUCACACAGCUACGAACGCACCAGCGCCAACCUUAAAGACCCGGGACGAUACAGCUACGAAGACGCACAGGACCACAUCUAUAAGCUGAUGAAGAGUGACAGCUACACACGGUACCUGCGCUCCAACGCUUACCAGGAGCUGCUGAUGGCCUGGAAGAAGCCUGAGACGGAGCAGCAGCAGGGAAGACGCACCUCUCUGGAGAAGUUUACACGCAGCGUGGGCAAGUCACUGACGGGCAAACGGCUGACAGGCCUGAUGCAGUCGUCCUGACCAGGCCUGGGGCUGGAGUAAGACAGCCAUGCCCAGAUGAUCUGCUCUGCUGUGGGGAGAGGGCUAGAUGUUGAUGCUGAGAGGCCUAACUGGGGCCUGGACACAACGUCAUCUACAUAACUGACUCCAGAUCAGUUCCCUGAGCUCCAGUGGAGGACAGACAGCAUGCAAUAGGUCACCUAGAUCUGAUACGGGGACAGUGCUGUCUUUGUCUUUUUCUCAAAUGUCACUCUAUUCCCUAUAUAGUGUACUACUUUUGACCAGAGCCCUAUUUUGACUAGUUUGUCCAUAGGGCUCUGGUCAAAAGGUGUGCACUAUAAAGGGAAUAGAGUGACAUUUGGGAGGUACAUAUUGUGUAGUCUAUCGACAUAUAACUCUAUCCAAUACUCUCUGUCUUACUUAGGUUCCUUUAAUCGAUUCUAGAACCAAAUGGAAUGUUAUAUAACUCUAUCCAAUACACUCUGUCUCACUUAGGUUCCUUGAAUCGAUUCUAGAACCAAAUGGAAUGUCAUAUAACUCUGCCUGCUACUCUCUGUCUCUCUUAGGUUCCUUUAAUCGAUUCUAGAACCAAAUGGAAUGUCAUAUAACUCUGCCUGCUACUCUCUGUCUCUCUUAGGUUCCUUUAAUCGAUUCUAGAACCAAAUGGAAUGUCAUAUAACUCUGCCUGCUACUCUCUGUCUCUCUUAGGUUCCUUUAAUCGAUUCUAGAACCAAAUAGAAUGUCAGACUUGUUCUACUCUAGCUCGGCUUAUAUUACUACAGUAUAAUAGCUUAUUGUAACGAUUACACAACUCUUUUGUUCAAUGACAGAAACAUUAAAAUGCUUAAAACUUGGA